AUUUGCAGUGCCGUUCCACGGUGAUGGCACUUACUGUGGAUUGAAUCGGAUGGUUCUUCGAAUCGGGAUUCAUGGGGGGUUUUUAUUAUUUUUGCAGUGCCAAUCGACGGUUAAUCGGGGAGGUUUGAAGGAGAGCUAGAGAUGCGAGAGUAGAUAACUCACGGCGUGUCGAAGGGGGAGGGGGGAUUUUAGUUUCGGUUGCAGGAAUUGAGAAUACGGUGUGUUGUGUUGGUUUUUCUCACGGUUGUGAGAAUGUAGCUGUGGGGAGCCUGGGCCCGACCGACUGCUAGAGCCGGGCGAGGGCCAAAGACGUGGAUCGAGACAGCUCGCGCGCUGGUGGUAUCAUACACAAGCAUCUACAUGUGGAAGGGUUGGGCCCCAUUGGCAUCGAUGCAGGUGCGUCUCGCCAUCGUGAACAGGCUGCUGCUGUCGCUCUCGAUCGACGUAGGAAACGUAGACGCGCACAAGUCCCAUUAGUUUAAAUUCAUUCUUUAAAGCGGUGGUGGAGGAGCUGUAACAGUGAGAGAGAGAGAGAGAGAGAGAGAGAGAGAGAGAGGGUGGCGCAUAUUUACAGCCGGAAUUCUGAUAGUCGGCAACCUUUCACCUCAUAGUUGCUUCUGCAAUCGCUGAAGUGAACCUGAGAGUUCGAUCGGUUAUUCUUGGUUGCGUCGGCGUCCUUCAAGCAUUGUUUGUGGUAUCAGUGCUUAAUAGCCAAAUAUCAUGGAGCCUUCUCGACGUCCGGCCAGCCUACAAUCUGAACGUUUCUGGUCAGCUGUUCGGAUGCAGUCGGAACUCAUGGCUGUAGUUACGAACGUAGCCAUCACGGGUGAAUCAGGUUACGGUGCCGCGCCAGACAAUCCGCAUGCCACCAUCACUCACCCGAAAACUUCAUAUGAUUCGGAUACUAGAUACAGGAUUCUCUCUUCUAGAGUCCAUGAGCAUCUGAAUGGCUGCCUUGCAGACCAACUCAUGGAUAUUCAGCAGGGGAUGGGUGUGGAAGCUUCUACUCCGCAACUUCACGUCGAGGACAUGCCACAGGCAGAUCGAAUGAGUGUCGAUAAUGAUGCUGCAAACUUGCACGCUUUCGCGAAUGAGUUUGACACUGGCUGGCCGACUAGUGGUAACGAGUCGGCACUGGUGGAGGAUCUGCACACCCGGCGCCUGCAGUUGAACGGGUUUCAAUCGUUUCACAAUCAAAUAUUCAAUGAAUGUGCAAAAAUUAACUUUCAUUCGAAUAGUAGCCCAGUCAGCGCCCAGCAACUAAUCAUGAUGUGUAAUCAACAAAAAGGCGUGCAGAAUUCCAGAUCUGGAAGUUGGUUUUCUGACCGGAUCGAGCAUCCCAACACAAUGUGUAGACCGACCAGUGAUAACGUCUUCACAAAUCGAGACCACGCUUCCAGUUCCUCGCAAUUCGACAAAAUGCAACCACUCGGUGGUAAGAUCGGUGACAAUGUGACGCACCCAAACUGCUUGCCUUCUGUUGCGCAGAAACAGAGCCAGGCUCCGCGUCUUCAGACGGAGCUAGUGGGAUGCGCACCCAUUAGUGCAUUUUAUAGCGCCGAACCGACUUGCUUCCAAUCUCCACCACAGAUGCAGAGCAUUCAUAACGCCGUCUCUUUUUCCCUAGGUGAUGAAAUUGGCCAAACGGUACCAAUUGGGGCCAAUGCGUCACAAGAGAAUGGCUGUGCAACCACGAAGCAAGUGCCAAAUCAAAUUGAUGAAACCGGGAACUGUAACGCACGACUACAUUCCUGUGAAGACCAAGGCAGCUUAGACUUGCAGCGAGUCUGGUGCCAACCAUCACAAGCCAUCACCAGUUUUCAGAGAUGUGGGUCUGCCACAACAUCUUGCGGCCAUGCCUCAGGUCUUGCUCCCGACAGAUCGAAACCCGGUUCAACGAGAACCUCCGAAGACGGCGGAAAGAGCAGUCCGCCAGUGCACAGGACUCCGAGCGGCGGUAAGCACAGAGCACUUACCAACCCAAAGAAAGGCAGAAAACAAAAGCUUCCGGGGAAGACUACUACUCAAGCCUUUCUCAACAAAGCAGUUUCACAACGUGAGAGUCAUAUCUGGUCGGAGCGGCAACGACGCCGCUCCAUGAACCAGUUAUACACAACCAUACGAGCGCUGCUCCCACACCAAUCUGUGAAGACCGACAAGGCCACCGUCGUUAUGGACAUUAUCAAUUACAUCCGCGCCAUGCAAGCGGACUUGGAGGUGCUUUCGAGGCGACGCGACCAGCUGCUCGCGGCGCUGAACUUGCGGCGGCAGCCUUCCCAAGUAUUUUCUGCCCACGGCCUCACUUGUGUGGAUCACACGAGUGAUGCCUCUGUCUUGACGGCAGUGACCACCUUACCUCCACCCGGCAGCGUCUCUUGCUUAACGUCAUUCUUGGGUAACAAUGUAGCCAUCCAUAUCUGCGGCCAGCAUGUUUUUGUUACCAUCACUUCUGCCCCACAAAGCCGUCCUGGUCUUCUAGCGCAAAUCAUAUCGACUCUCACCAAUUACAACUUGGAUGUUUUGAGUGCCACAGUCAAUUCGCGGGAUAACACGACCGCAUAUGCCUUGUCAGUUGAGACUAGUCAGUCUGUGGAGAGUUUGGGUGACGAUCUGCACACACAGUUACAGAUUGUUAUCAACAAUUUCUCACCCAGCGAUGCCAAAGAACCGUGACACAGUUGCCUGUUCGCUUUCCACACGUAUUCGGUGCGAGAAUCGAAAUUCGUUGUCAAUCAUAUGGCGAUUGCCUAUGAACUUGGUGAUAUUAAAUGUGCGGGAGCAGCGGAAUGGCCUCGGAACCCGAGAUUGUGAUGUCCAGGUGAUUGAAUUAUACGAGUAAUCAAGCAAAACCUAUUGAAAAUGGAUCUGUCACAGUGCAGACGUAAGUGAAUUCGCCGCGUAUUUAGACUUGGAUUUAAUGUAGUUCGUUUUGGACAAACAGCCUAUGUACAUACCGAUGUAUAUAUGAGAUGAGAAUUUUAAAAUGCUGUAUGCCUUGGUGGAAUA